GUCAGUUAAGUGAUUAGCUGAGCGCACGUUCACCACAUUGACACUAAUUAGCAGGUCUUGAUAAGUAUGACUUUUUGUGGCCCUCAGUCGUUCUUAGCGCUCCUUUGGCCUCGCUCUAUCCCCGCAGCAUGGCUUUUUCCUUGAGAAACGAGCCUCGCAGCCCCGACGCGGAGUCCACGGCCUUGUCGACCUGCGUCAACGCCGACAUCUUCCGCAGGAUGAACACCAUGUUGGGCAACUCCCUGGACCUGAGCGGUGUGUGUACCACACCCAAUAGCACCAAGAGCAAGGCGGACCUGCUGUGUGAGUCAGACCUGGCUGCAGUGGGCAGCAGGAGGAUGCUCUUUGCCAACCGUGGCAGAAUGUCCGGCUCCCAGGAAAUGCAGUCACCCAGACUCCAGCCGAGCAUGACAGACCUGGGCCUGGGCCUGCAGUCUCUUCGUUUGUCUGGCUGGGACAGACCCUGGAGCAGCCAGGAGACUGAGUCCCUCUCCUUUCCCCAUGUUCAGACGACCUCUCCCUCAAUGCUGGGCAUCCUGAACAGUCCCUUCAGUAGUCUUCUUGGAAAGCCGCCAGCCUACAUGCCUACAGAGUCCAUGGGUAUGACUGCUGACUUCCUGGAGAAGUUCCCUGGCAUGGCUCGUAUAGCUAACCGCCUGGACUCAAGCUCCUUUCUGGACUCACGCUCCAGCAGCCCCGAAGACUCUGAGACGAGUGGCUUCAGCUCUGGUUCCGACCACCUCUGUGACAUGCUGUCCACUUUGCGGAUUUCGCCUCCUCUGCCUUACCUUGGAUCAAACAUGCAGAAGGAUUUUCUGCGACUGGGAUCCCGCUUGGACUCCCAGGACAGCUCUCCCCUGACCCCACCAUCCAGCGCCAGUCCAACUUCUGCACUUUCCCGCCGCUGGCGCACUGGCUCUUCCUGGCCUGGCGCAGACAUGCUUGACCAAUCUGACGAUUCUUUUAGUAUUGAAAGGGAGGCACGCCUUCACAGACAAGCUGCAGCUGUGAAUGAAGCUACUUUCACCUGGAGUGGUCAGCUGCCCCCAAGAAACAACAAGGAUCCACUCUUCUCCUGCAAGGUUUUUCUUGGUGGUGUACCCUGGGACAUCACUGAAGCUGGGCUCAUAAACACAUUCAGCGGCUACGGUCCUCUGACUGUGGAGUGGCCUGGUAAGGAUGGGAAACACCCUCGCUGUCCUCCCAAAGGUAAUGUGGCCAAAGGCUACGUUUACCUGGUUUUUGAAAAUGAGAAGUCUGUUCGUGGCUUGCUUCAUGCUUGCUCCCAGGACCCGUUUCACCCAGAGGAUAACAGGGAAUACUACUUCAAAAUGUCUAGUCGCAGAAUGCGCUGCAAGGAUGUGCAGGUUAUUCCCUGGGUGAUUUCUGACAGCAACUAUGUGCGCUGUCCCGCCCAGCGUUUGGACCCCAGCAAAACGGUUUUUGUGGGUGCCCUGCAUGGCAUGCUUAAUGCUGAAGCACUUGCCAGCAUUAUGAACGAUCUGUUUGGAGGAGUCAUGUAUGCAGGCAUUGACACAGACAAACACAAAUAUCCCAUAGGCUCUGGACGUGUGACUUUUAACAAUCAGCGCAGUUAUCUGAAGGCUGUGUGCGCAGCCUUUGUGGAGAUCAAAACACCAAAGUUUACGAAAAAGGUCCAGAUUGAUCCUUACUUGGAAGACUCCAUGUGUCAAGUUUGCCUCCGCCAACCUGGGCCUUUCUUCUGCAGAGACCAGGCCUGCUUCAAGUAUUACUGCCGCUCCUGCUGGCACUGGCAGCACUCCAUGGACAUCCUCAGCAACCACCGCCCUCUCAUGCGCAACCAGAAGAACCGAGAUUCCAGCUAGGUGCCCCAGACGGGCGAGAGAAAGUCCCCCUCGGGCGAGGCUGCCGAGCGACCAAGGAGCGCACGUGCCGGCCGCCCCUCGGCGUGAGGGGCGGGGCACUCCACCAGGCACUGGGAUGUAUCACUGUAGGAAAUGUUCACUUUUUUGCACUUGCUCAUUUCUGCUGUUCACAGUUGGCACUAUGCACCGUCACCUUGUCGUGAGAGACGAGGGCGCGUUCACUUUACAGCAUUUUCUCUGACCUCGCCAGCAAAGAUGCACAUGAAGCUCAGCUCAAAGGUUAGGAAGCGGAUGAAAAUGCCUUUUUUUUUUUUUUUUUUUUUUUUUUGUCUUUUGUGUUGCAUAGUGAAGAGCGAUCACACAAGUCUCAUGCCGUUCAUUGGCAGACGCCAUACAGUGCCUUUAACUUUUUACUUUUUCUCCUUCCCCCGGUUGGCCCUUUUUUUUUUUUUUCCAGUGCGAGCCAACUGGCGUUUCUUUCUUUGGGAGUUGAAGGUUGGGCUUCAUUUAACCAGUCGCAUUUCAGACUUUUACGCAGUUUUUUACUCAUUUGUACACGCAGCGGUUUUAAGUCAUAACAUGAACAAUUUAAACUUGGAUUUGAAUUCUACCUGGUGGAUGUUUAGGAUAAAAUAUUUUUUUUAUUUUCCCCGCAUUUUUCCUGACUUUUUUUUAAUUGCCUUGCCAGAUUUCAAACUUGACAGGCACAAAGUUGCAAGCUAGGUUGCUUUGUUGCAGUUUCUAUUAAAGGUUUCAACAGUGCUGGAUACUGCUUCACUGAUCCAUUAGCUUUCUACUGAUGGAUCUUUGUUGUAUUGCUUUUUUUUUUUGCACUUUUUUAAUUUGCACUAGUGGAGAGAGGUGGCAUUGGUUUUAAUCACAUUUGUGCAUUGGCCGGGGAACACGCACACGUCAGCUGCUUGGUUCCUGUUCCGCUUGGCUGAUUGAGUAGUCCACCAGACCCUGAGUAGACCCAGUAAAACAUCCCAACUUACUGAACCUUCUUUGCCUUCCUGUUCCAUUUGGACGUGAUUGCAUAAGCUGUGUGCCAAAGAAUGUUUUUGUUUUUUUGUUUUCAUUGGGUUGAUCAUGCUGAGCUUAUUGUCCCGUAAGCCAGCUGCUUUUUAGAGUUUUGAAAGUCUACCUCAUUGUGGUCUGCUUAAAGUUGUGGAGUAUGUUCAGAUUGGGCACAAUAAAGGUGUUUCAGCAUUAA